CCCGGCCCUCCAGCUGCGCUCCCCGCCCCCGGCGGGAGGAGCCCGGGAGACCGCCGGGCAGAGCGCAAGCGGCCAAGGGAGGAACGGCACCAACAGGACCAACAGAACGGAACCAGAUCUGAGCGGGCUGGGGCGCGAGCAUCUCAAGGGGCCAUGGGAGAGGGCGUGUUGGUGACUGAAGCCGCGGAGCGCGGCCCGGUGCAUGCGGUGACCGUGGUGACGCUCCUGGAGAAGCUGAACACCAUGCUGGAGGCGGUGCGGGAGCGCCAAGGAGGCCUGGCCCGGCGACAGGGCGGCCUAACGGGCACCGUGCGCCGCAUCCAGAGCGGCCUGGACAAGCUCAGCUGCACCUACGGGGCCACCAGCACCGCGCUGGCCCAGCUGCUGGACGAGGCCGAGAACGUCAGCACGGACGCCCACGCCGCCCGCGAGCGCGCCGUCUGCCGCGCGCUCCAGGUGCAGCGGCUCGAGGCCAACCAUGAGCUGCUGGUCGCCCGCGGCAAGAUGCACGUCCAGCUCUUCAAGGAGGAGGCAGAAAUCCCAGCCAGAGCUUUUCAGAAGGAGCCAGAAUCCAUAGGCCUAGAAGAAAAGGAACUAGCACCAGAAGCCCUAGAAGAAUUGGAAGAAGAGGAAAGCUCAGAUGAGGAGCCAGUGGAAUCCCGAGCCAAACGGCUUCGGCGUACUGGCCUGCAGAAGGUUCAGAGCCUUCGUAGGGCACUGUCCACCCGAAAGAGCAAGGGCCCUGCCCCACCUCCACCCACUCCCACCAAACCUCCCCGACUGGGCCCUAGCCAGAGUGUUGAAAAUCAGCCUGAGACAGGGGUAGUGGUUGAAACAGAAUCAUUGGAGCUAGAGCCACCCAGGAGCCCUGUGGAAGAUUCAGAGGCCCCUGAGGCUAGGGAAACUCCAAUGCUUCAGGUAGAAGGUGCUGCCUAGUGCUCCAUCCUGCCUCCCUACUUAUCUGUGCCUUUACCUUGAAUGGCACCAUCGGUUGCCAAGCAGCAGAUCCCAGUGACCUUAAAGCACUUAAACCCAAAGAAAGAAAGAACCCUGCCUUUAAAGCUCACCUUCCUUCCUAGCUCCUACAUUCAGGCCUUUACCCCAAAGCACCAGUUUAGCCCCAGUCCACCCCAUUCUAAAGCUCAAAGACCAACACCAUCUCCCUCCCAAGUGUGCUCAAGAUUAAUAAAUUAAUUUCACUAACCACAA